UGACAGCAUGAAACAGAACCUGAUUGUGGCAGUGAAAGAUAACGGACAGCCCUCUCUGUCUGCCACGUGCGCCAUGUAUUUACUGAUUUCUGAUAACUUGGCUGAGGUGCCAGAACUCAAAGAUAUUUCUUAUGAGGAGAAGAACUCCAAACUGACCUCUUAUCUGAUCAUCGCGCUGGUUUGUGUGUCCACCUUCUUCCUCACCUUCAUCAUCAUCAUCCUGGGUGUGAGGUUCUGUCGCAGGAGAAAGCCCAGACUGUUGUUUGAUGGAGCAGUUGCCAUCCCCGGCGCUUAUCUCCCUCCUAAUUACACAGAUGUUGACGGCACAGGAACUUUACGCAGCUCCUACAAUUAUGACGCGUACCUGACAACAGGAUCUAGAACCAGUGACUUUAAGUUUGUCUCAUCCUACAAUGACAACACGCUGCCUGCUGACCACACUCUGAACAAGAGUCCAGCUCAGUUUGCUGAUGUGUUUGGAGGUUCUGACAGUUCUCCUGAG